GGCAGGGGACACAGUGAGAGCAGGGCCAACGCGGAGCAGCUCCGCUCUGUCUUCUGUGCGCCCGAGGAGAGCGAGCAUGGCCUCAGUCUCCGAAUCCUUCCUCAAGGUGCUGCUGCUUCUCGCUGGGCAGACCUGGAGCCCAGUAGUAGCAGGAAAUCCACGCGACUGCGACACCCCGCUGGCAUCUGCCUUGCCUCCAUUGUCCUUCAGCAGCUCUUCAGAGCUGUCCAGCAGCCACGGCCCUGGGUUUGCAAAGCUUAAUCGAAGAGAUGGAGCUGGUGGCUGGACCCCACUUGUGUCGAAUAAAUACCAGUGGCUGCAAAUUGACCUUGGAGAGAGAAUGGAGGUCACUGCUGUGGCCACUCAAGGAGGCUAUGGGAGCUCUGACUGGGUGACCAGCUAUCUCCUGAUGUUCAGUGACAGCGGGAGGAACUGGAAGCAGUAUCGACAAGAAGAAAGCAUCUGGGGAUUUCCAGGAAACACAAACGCAGACAGUGUGGUACACUACAGACUUCAGCCUCCCUUUGAAGCCAGGUUCCUGCGCUUCCUUCCAUUAGCCUGGAGCCCCAAGGGCAGGAUUGGGAUGCGGAUGGAAGUGUACGGUUGUGCAUACAGAUCUGAGGUGGUUUAUUUUGAUGGACAAAGUGUUCUGCUGUACAGAUUUGAUAAAAAAUCCAUAAAACCAAUAAGAGAUACUAUUUCUUUGAAAUUUAAAACCAUGCAAAGCAGUGGAAUUCUACUCUAUAGAGAAGGACAACAUGGAAAUCGCAUUAUUCUGGAAUUAAUUAAAGGAAAGCUUGUCUUUUUUCUUAAUUCAGGCAAUGCUGACAUGCCCCCCACUAAUGCUCACAUGAACCUCACCCUGGGCAGCCUGCUGGACGACCAGCAUUGGCAUUUUGUCCUCAUCGAGCUCCUUAAAACAGAGGUCAACUUCACAGUGGACAAGCACACUCAGCAUUUGCAUACUAAGGGAGGAACCAGUUACUUGGAUCUUAAUUUUGAGAUCAGCUUUGGGGGCAUUCCGACACCUGGAAGAUCACGUAAAAGCUUUCAUGGGUGUUUAGAAAAUCUUUAUUAUAAUGGAGUGGAUAUUAUUGAAUUAGCCAAGAAACACAAACCACAGAUCCUCAUUAUGGGAAAUAUGUCCUUCUCAUGUCCAAAGGCACAGACUGUUCCUGUGACUUUUCUGAGUUCCACAAGUUACCUGGCCCUGCCAGGCAACUCUGGAGACAACAAAGUGUUUGUCACUUUUCAAUUUAGAACAUGGAACAGAGCAGGACGUUUGCUUUUUGGUGAACUUCGACGUGGUGCAGAGAGUUUUGCUCUCUUUCUUAAAGACGGAAAACUCAGACUGAGUCUCUUUCAGAAGGGACAGCCAUCACGGAACAUCACAGCAGGUGCUGGCUUAAAUGAUGGGCAGUGGCAUUCUGUGUCCUUAUUUGCUAAAUGGAGUCAUCUGAGUGUGGCAGUGGAUGAUGACACAGGUGUUCAGCACCUGGUGACUAUGCUGAUUGAUUCAGGUGACACCUAUUAUUUUGGAGGAUGCCCUAACAACAACUCCAGCUCUGUAUGCAAAAGUCCCCUGGAGGGGUUUCAGGGCUGCCUGAGGCUCAUCUCUAUUGGUGACACAGCGGUGGAUCCCAUCUCAGUACAGCAGGGGGCGCUGGGGGAUUUCAGUGACCUCCAGAUAGACUCCUGUGGCAUCACGGACAGGUGCUUGCCCAACUUCUGUGAGCAUGGAGGUGAAUGUUCCCAGUCCUGGGACACCUUCUCCUGUGACUGUUUGGGCACAGGCUACACAGGCGAGACCUGCCAUUCCUCUCUCUACGAGCAGUCCUGCGAAGCCUACAAGCACAAAGGGAACCCUUCUGGGCUUUACUACAUUGAUGCAGAUGGAAGUGGCCCCCUGGGCCCAUUUCUUGUGUACUGCAAUAUGACUGCAGACACAGCCUGGAUGGUGGUGCAGCAUGGCGGCCCUGACACUGUGACAGUUCAAGGCAUGGCUCGAGGGCACCCACACUCUGCAGCUUCCUUUACGUAUGUGGCUGGCAUGGGGCAACUGCAGGCCAUGGUCACCCUCGCUGAGAGCUGUGAGCAGCAGCUGGCUCUGAGCUGUGGCAUGGCACAGCUCUCAGACACACAAGAUGGAACCCCACUGAGUUGGUGGGUUGGAAGAACAAAUGAAACACACACUUACUGGGGAAGUUCUCCAUCUGAUGCUCAAAAGUGUACUUGUGGAUUAGAAGGGAACUGCAUUGAUUCUCAAUAUUACUGCGACUGCGAUGCUGACCGGAAUGAAUGGACCAGUGACACAAUAGUCCUUUCCCAAAAGGAGCACCUGCCGGUCACUCAGGUUGUGAUGACAGACACAGGCCGACUGAAUUCAGAAGCAGCUUAUAGCCUGGGGCCGCUGCUCUGCCAGGGGGACAAGUCAUUUUGGAAUUCAGCUUCCUUCAAUACAGAGACUUCAUACCUUCAUUUCCCUACUUUCCAUGGAGAACUCACUGCUGAUUUGAGUUUCUUUUUUAAGACCACAGUUUCCUCUGGAGUGUUCCUGGAGAAUCUGGGGAUCACAGACUUUAUCAGGAUCGAGCUGCGUGCUCCCACUGAAGUAACCUUUUCCUUUGAUGUGGGGAAUGGGCCUUGUGAGGUUACGGUGCAGUCACCCGUUCCCUUUAAUGACAAUCGGUGGCACCAGGUGAAGGCAGAAAGGAACGUUAAAGGAGCAUCUCUUCAAGUUGACCAGCUCCCUCAAAAAAUACAAUCUGCACCUGUGGAUGGGCACGUCCGUUUACAGCUCAACAGCCAGCUCUUCAUUGGGGGAACGGCCACCAGACAGAGAGGCUUUCUGGGCUGUAUUCGAUCCCUGCAGCUGAAUGGGAUGGCCCUGGAUCUGGAAGAAAGAGCCACAAUGACGCCAGGAGUGGAGCCCAGGUGUGCAGGACACUGCAGCAGCUAUGGACACUUAUGUCACAAUGGAGGGAGAUGCAGAGAGAAACACAGAGGGAUCAUGUGUGAUUGUGCCUUCUCGGCAUAUGAUGGGCCAUUCUGCUCAGAUGAGAUUUCUGCAUAUUUUGAAACCGGCUCUUCAAUGACCUAUAAUUUCCAAGAACCUUACGUCUUGAGUGAAAACUCCAGCUCCCUUGCUUCUUCAUUACAUAGGGAUGUAACCUUGACUAGAGAAAUGAUCACACUGAGCUUCCAAACCACACAAACUCCAAGCUUAUUGGUGUAUGUGAGCUCUUUCUAUGAGGAAUACCUUUCAGUUAUCCUCGCCAACAAUGGGAGUUUGCAGAUUAGGUACAAGCUAGACAGACAUCAAGAUCCUGAUGCAUUUAAUUUUGAUUUUAAAAACAUGGCUGAUGGGCACCUUCACCAGGUGAAGAUUAGCAGAGAAGAAGCAGUGGUCACGGUAGAGGUUAACCAGAGUGCAAAGAAACAAGUCAUCUUGUCCUCAGGGACGGAAUUCAACGCUGUCAAAUCCCUCAUAUUGGGAAAGUUUUUAGAACUCCUAAGCGUGGACCCAGACACACGGCAGGCAGCGGCGCGUGGCUUCACCGGCUGCCUCUCUGCUGUGCGGUUUGGCCAUGCGGCUCCCCUGAAGGCAGCGCUGCACCCGGGCGGCCCAGCCAAGGUCAUUAUCCGUGGCCAUGUGGCCGCUGGCUCAGGCUGCGCAGUAGGGGCGGGGCCUGGCUCCUCAGCACGGGAACUGGCUCCCCGGCUCACAGGAGGCGCAGGUCGUUCUGGACCAACAGAUGAGGGAGAGCCCUUACUUAACACAGAGGGAAGUGACUCUGCUGUCAUCGGAGGUGUCAUAGCAGUUGUGAUAUUUAUUUUGCUCUGCAUCACUGCCAUAGCCGUACACAUUUAUCAACAGAGAAAGUUGUGCAAAGAAAAUGAGUCAAAAAUCUCUAAAGUGAAGAAUGCUAACGUGGCUCUACAAAGUGACCUUGAUGUGCAGAACACAAUCAAUGAAGGCCAGAGAGUGUCCUGUGAUUGGCAGCUGUGGCUUCAUCUAUCACAUGACUACUUGACUUCUCUGCUCUUGUCAUCAGAAAACACAUGGUGAACACAGUGCAGGCAGCUGGCUGGGGACACACUGCAGCCUCUGAGCGCUCUGGAAGGCUCGUUCCCCCUCAGCCAAACUUCCUCCUCUGUCAGUUUAGGAACCAUGAAUGAGGGAAGGUUAUUCAUCCCUGUUGGGUAGCUCUCCCUUUUCAAAUGCUUUUUUCCAAAACUGGUUUAAUUUGUGUAAUAAUCGUGGAUUUUAGAUGAGAAAAUGGCUACAAAGCUUUGGUUACUUUCUUUAAAAAUGUGACAGAACUUUUCUCCAGAUGUAAAAAACAAAAUUGCACUCUGAUGUUUUUUGUUACUUGGAAAACUUAUCUGGGAUCCCUUUGUUGGUCCUGUGCUGAUAAAACUGGAAAUGGUCCUUAGGUCACCUUUGCUGGCAUUUCCAUCGUCCUGAAAUCCAGAGCCAAGUAGCCUACCAAAAAUGUACAGCCCUUUUUUCCCCCCGUCUGAUGGUCAGUGCAGUGCAGUGCAGUAGAAGCCUGAAAAUAUUCCUGUUAUUUUUGGUGUAUUGCUUUUUCUAAUUGACUAUUUUUAAUCAUUUUGAUAAAUCUUAAUGUUGAAAUUGAUAUUGAAUGUUAGCUAUUUAAUUUUGUAAUGGAACAGAAAAUUGAUAGGUAACAAAGUGCAUAGAGGAUGUCAAUUUAAGAUAGUCUGCCUAUUUUUCUUUGUAAUUUGUAAUUACACUUUUUUUAAAUUGUGAUUAUAUCUUUAACUAAAUUUACAACCAGAUAUAAACACUGCUUCUUACACUGAAAGAGUUAUCCUUUGUUUAUAGUAUAUACCUAAACUUAUUUCCCCCAAAUAUUGAGAGAUUAUGUUGGUUGUUCUUUAUUAUUCCAUAUUUCUCUUUUCUAAAGGUUGUUACUAAUUUGCCUUUGAUUUCCUGGGACUAUGUCAUGUUGUACAGAGCCUCUUUUCAGUUUUUUAAGGAAAAUUAGCAUAAAGAGAAAAGCUCUAAUUUCUUUUCCAAAUUUUGAACUGCUCUAGGCAUAAAUAUCAUUGUGUGUUAUCUUCUCAAAUAAUUGCUUUUAGAAUUUAAACUGAAGGCUGCUCACUCUAAGGAAAGGCAGCAUUCAAAUGAUCUGUUUUAAAUCUGCCCUUACAGCUUUAUGAGCAUGAGGGCCAAAUUCUCAUAGAUUACCCAAAAUUGAAUAUAUGCUAUUAACUGGAACAUGUCUCAUUAAGGUUUAUACACAUACUAAGGUAGCAGAGGAGUGGAAUUAACUUGAUGGGGACAGUUCCAGGAGCUAAUAUUGAUGCAGUGGUUAUUUGAUAAUUGUGGGAAACCACAAUUUAGAUUCAACAAGCCAAUUAUAUAAAAACAGUGAAACAACACUCUUCCUAUUCCAGACACCACCUACCUGCCAAGGACUAAUUAGAUCAGAUCAUGUAGUUCGUCCACAUUAGGGCAAAUUGGAAAUAUAUCAAUUCUGCAUUAUUAUUACAUAACUGAAUUUUCAUUUUCCCAUUUGUGUUAUUUUUUAAAGAAUGAAUAUGGAUACUCUGUCUUAAGUCUGCUCUCAACAAAUGAUCUUUUCUCAGAAUACUACAUCUCUCUUGAUGUUCCUUUAAGUGAAUGAUGAAAGAUCUUCUAUUUCUACUGUAUUACUCUCUUCAAAUAGCAAUAUAUGAAGGAUACAUCUUGACAAAUGGUGUACAAUUUUUUUUUUCUUGAAGGCUUGUCCAGGAUGGGGAAGGUCUUUUAUUAGUGAAUGUAAACAUCAUGUAAUCAUUAAAACUUUUAAAAACGUUUAUUUUAUUCUGCAGAAGAUUUUGAUAGCUGGAAUUUUAUAGGAUUAUAGAGAAUCACACACUACAGUCCACUGCUCUAUGUACUUUUUACAAGACAGCAAAACAGAUGCACCAGAUUGUACUGAAACAUCAUCCACUGUCACUCUUCUUUUACUGAUCUUCUGACUUUACCUUCUUAUUGGAAAAUAAAUUAAUUUUUGAAAUAAAAUAAGGAAAAUAUUUUAAGGAAAUUUUUGUGUAGAAUUUAAAUUGUCAAAUAUGUGCUUUUCCCUAAUUUAUACAAAACAAGUAUAGGUAAGUGCAUUCUGUGAAUUUGUGCAUUACCCAACCCUCCUUGGUAUAUUUCAAGAUUAUUAAGGUUUCUUAACUUUUUUAUGAUCUGAUAUUUAUCAUCUGCAAAGUUUUACUUUUAAAUUAUUAAACACAAAGUGAAGGAAAAAGAGAUAAAUCUUUAUUGGUUGCAAGAAAUAAAAUAUCUAUUAAUGUAUAUAUUUAAGCUUUUGCUAGAAAGCAACCACUUAACAAACAACUUAUUAAAAUCUAGAUUAAAUACUUUUUAUUAGUGCAGAGAACUUAGUCACUGAACAUUCUUUAGAUACAUAGAUGCAAGUUGCAAGUAGCACCCUUCUAUAAAAUAAAAAUACACUAUUUUACAAAAUUUGGUUUUCAAAUUAGAAAAAUAAAACAAUGUAAAAUUAACAUUCUUUGUGAAUGCUAAAAUUUCUGAUUUUUAAGAACUUUCAAAAUUCUAAUAUUAAAAAUAGAUUGGUUAAUAGGACAUUGAAGGCAUUUCUCUAUAAAGUGGUGACAUUGGUGAAUGGUAUUAUCUUGAUACUACAUUCCAAAUUCACAUUAGGAAAUCACUCUAAAUCUUUAUAAUUUCCUAUGAGUUAUUAUUUCAAGCAAAAAACAUGUUUUGAUAGUAGCUGAUUCUUAUAUAUGAGCUAUUCUGCUCCAUGACUCUAUCACUGUGAAGGAUCAUAGUAAAGUUAAAAUAUUUCCAUUCAACCUAUGUGACCCUUCCUAGUAACAGAAACACAGGGUAGGAGAGGAUAUGUUUACCUCAUCUAUCAGUCAUAUAAGAUGAGGAAACAAAAAUAAGGAUAUGAGAAUUGACUUCUUCCAGGAGACAAUAAGUUAUCAUGCUUGGACUAAACUCCUAACACUUUUCUCUCUUAACCUCCCUUUGAAGAGAAACCCACCCUUGCAGAUCUACCUUCCCAUUAUUAUUUAGCAGAGUGAAAAAAACAUAUUAGGCUUAUUGAUACUCCAUCUGCCAAGAUUGACCAAUAGUUCUGGAUCUUUGUUCACAUCUUCUCUGAAAGAAUGUUUCAGAGAAAAUUGAUUAAUUUUGAUGGGUUUUUUCUUUAAUAAGAUAUUACUUUCAUCAGGUACAACUAGAAAGUAAACAAAUGCCCCAUUUCCUUAGGUUAUUCUGGAAUUCAUAAUAUAAGCAACACAAAUGGAUUAUUAAGAUAUUCUUGAAGUUGGAGAAGAAUAAAAUGGACC